AUGUCCUCUUCUCCCCUCCCUUCUCGUCUCCUACCUCUCCCUGCCAAACCGCCGCCGUCGCCGGCCACCUGCACCGCGUUCCUUCGCCUGCUGCCGCCGGACCGGCCUUUCGGAGCCUCCACCAGAGCGUCCCGGUUCAAGUGCUCCGCCGGGGGGUCCGGCUUUUUCACCAAGCUCGGCCGGUUAAUAAAGGAGAAAGCCAAGAGCGACGUGGAGAAGAUAUUUUCUGGGUUCUCCAAGACUAGAGACAAUUUAGCCGUUAUCGAUGAGCUUCUGCUCUAUUGGAACCUCUCCGACACCGACCGGGUUUUAGAUGAGCUGGAAGAGGAUGCCUUGAAGAGGAGUAUAUUGAAUUUGUUAACAGCAAAAGGACUUAAAACUGAGUUGAAGCUGGGUUUCAAGAAACCGGCUGUUAUCAUGAUUGUUGGUGUCAAUGGAGGUGGUAAGACUACAUCUCUUGGUGAGUCCAUCCAGGGGUUGAUGAAAUCUGUAUUGCUGGCUGCAGGGGACACAUUUAGAGCAGCCGCAAGUGAUCAAUUAGAGAUAUGGGCGGAAAGAACAGGUUGUGAGAUUGUUGUGGCUGAAAAAGAAAAUGCAAAAGCAUCAUCAGUAGUUCUUUCACAGGCCGUGAAACGGGGAAAAGAACAAGGUUUUGAUGUUGUUUUAUGCGACACGUCUGGACGUUUGCACACUAAUUACAGCCUUAUGGAAGAACUGAUUGCAUGCAAGAAAGCUGUCGGGAAAGUUGUCUCUGGCGCACCCAAUGAAAUCUUGCAAGUGUUGGACGGAACAACUGGGUUGAACAUGCUCACUCAGGCAAGGGAAUUCAAUGAUGUUGUUGGCGUGACUGGUUUGAUUUUGACGAAGCUAGACGGAUCUGCCAGAGGUGGAUGUGUGGUAAGUGUAGUCGACGAGCUCGGUAUUCCCGUGAAGUUUGUGGGUGUUGGAGAAGGAGUGGAGGAUCUCCAACCGUUUGAUGCCGAGGCUUUUGUAAAUGCAAUAUUUCCAUGA